AUGGCACCCAAUAUUGCGUCCAUGAACAACAGCAACAGCUGUAGUGCAAUGGGCCGUCAGUCAAUUGCAGAUCUAACAACCAGUAUUAAAUCAACCAAAGGAGAUAUCCCACCGCCCUUGGUGGGUGCUUCCACUACUAUCAUUGGCGAUAACAUCUAUGUGUUUGGCGGGAGAGUAGCGUCAACAAGACAGAUGACAAACCACCUGUAUAUACUUCAUCUACCAACGCUGGUUUGGGUAAGACACAUUGCUCCUCCAGAUUCAGCAUCUGCUCCGGUUCCUCGGUACUUUCAUUCAGCUUCCACUUACCUCGAUCGAUACAUUGUCGUCUUUGGUGGCAUGGGCAAUACGGCAGGCAACAAGAGAGCACGGCAACUACAGCAACAGCAACAGCAACAGCAACAGCAGCAUCAUAUGUCAAAUGGAGAUGAGCAAUUGAGCGCCAUGGAUGAUGUGUCCAUGUUUGAUAUCGAUACAAUGUGCUGGAUUGAAAUCAAUGUACUACCAAGCAUCUUUACACCGCAAGCUCGUUAUGCCCAUCUCUCAACAGUGUGGGAUUCAAGUAAGCUCGUUGUGAUGGGAGGCCAAGAUAUUGCAAAUCAGCACAUCAAUGAAAUCAAUGUCUUUGAUCUCAAGGAAAUGGCUUGGGUUCACGGUGGCCCUAUGAAUGGGCCCUACGACGCUUAUCGUGCUGUUGCUUUCUGUCCUCUGUCAAAUGCCAGUAACACAACUGCGUUUGGUAGUAAGGAAACAUUUGACUACUUUUGGAACAGCCCUCCUCAGUCUGAUGAAUUGCAGCAACAACAGCAAAAACAGACAGAAGCAGUACCUCCAGUCUGCGUAUACUCCAACUACAAUUUCAGCGAUCUCACUAGAGAAUUGCAGAGCUUUUACCCCAUGAAGUCAGCACAUGUUGUUGAAUUCUGUAAUCAUGCUGCAAAAAUGACAGGCUCCUUGCUGCCACCUGGUCUUCGGUUCCCUACAGGUCAGUUGGUAGGCCAAUAUUUCGUGGUAUCUGGUACGUUCCUGAGCUCCACCAAGCGAGGAUUUCAGGUCUGGGCACUGAAUUUGACAAACCUGACUUGGUCACAUAUUGAUACCAGCUCCAAUCUAUCCGACGGCUCUUGGAAUCGUGGUUUGCUCUCGAAUCAAAAGUAUUAUGUGUUGGGACACGGUCAGCGUGAUCUGAAGGAUGAUUAUAGCUAUCGACGCACCAACUUUGAUCAUAUUGCGACAAUUGAUCUGGAAGCCUACGGUAUCUACUGCCUUCCCAGCUCUACGUGCUCGUCAGAAGCUCAAGAUUUGGGGCUUUCCAUGCUUAAUGAGCCUAGCAUCACUGAUUUAACCAUCUGGACCUCCGAUCAGCAGGCCAUACCCAUCAAUUCCAUCAUUUUGGCCGAGCGAUGGCCAGGAUUUGCUCAGCUACUGGAAGGACAAAGUACAAAAUCUACAGCAAAAGCAACGGCAGACACACUCCAAACACAGAAAAAGCACCUCUUGUUUCCCGAAAGCUAUGCAGUGACCCUCGCUUUUUUGCAGUACAUCUACAGCGACCAUCUCAUCACUGCACAACAGCAUCAGCCUCAGAUUCUCUGCCGACUACUGAUCUUGGCAGACAUGUACAGAAUGAACAGACUGUUGGAAUUGACUACCUACGCACUGCAUCAACUGCUUACCAUUUCCACUGCAAGCAUGGUUUAUGAAACUGCUGCACUCACUUUCCAAAGCGCACUACAAAUCCGUGCUCUGCGUAUCAUGAUCAAUGCCAAGCGUAUGCUGUUAGGGCAGCAGAAUCCACACUCAAAGGAGCCAUCAUCUGCAACACAACAUAACACAAAUUCACAUCAGCAACUCCAGCACUCUCUGUCCUCACCCACGCAACAAAGCUACGAUCAAUUUCAUCAUCAAGUAGAGUUCUCCUCAUUCUCUGCCGCCACUCCUUCUUCCACUAGCACGUCUGCAGGCUCUCUCUUCUCUGAUGAGCCAUCCUCUCCCAUGUCAUUCGCUUUAUCCGCUCCUUUUUCUCAAUCUUAUGCAACCUUCAGACGUCUUCAACAACAGCAAAUGAUGCCACCUUCUCCAAUGGAAAAGUUCAAUAGAUACAUACCUAAUUCGCCAGCCAUGAAAGCUCCAAUCAUAUCCAGCAAAAUGUCUCCUUCCUCUUCAACUUCGUCGCCUGUUGCUACUGCUGCUAAUGCCAAAACAGCCAGAAAACAAGGCUAUUUCGAUUAUUCUAUUGGUGGCAAAUACUUGACAGCCUUCCAAUAA